UCUAUAUAUUAUUUUACUUUAUGUUUAUAUUUUACGAGAAAAAAGAAACAUUUUUUGUUUUUAUUGUUUUAUAGAGAUAAAAACUGCUAUAAUAUAAAAAGUAAAAGAAAAACAACUGUAUUGAGCAUUUAUAACAUGGUUUUAUAAUUAAAUUUUUUCCAAUUGAUGAUAGUUAACGAAAAAAGUGUAUAAUAAUUAAGAAACAUAUUUGUAACUUUAAAAAUUCAUAAAAUUAUCAGAUUUAUACAAUGUGGUAUUUGAUAGAUCCAGAUGGAGAUUAUAUCUAUUUAAAAGUAGAUAGAGAAAUUGUAUUUGGUAGAAAGAAAGGAGAUAUAAUCUUAAAAAAUGAUGAAUCAAUCAGCAGAUUACAUGCUUCCAUUCGCAUCAAGGUUAAAGAAGUUAUAAGGGAAGAUAAAAUAACAUCUACAUGUAUAAUAACAGAUUUACAAUCAAAGUAUGGUACAUUUAUCUUCCGUGAAUAUGAAAUGAUAGAAGUAACUCAAGAUGGAUAUAAUCUACAAGACAAAGAUAAAAUAAGAUUUGGUUUGCAAGAUAAUUUAUUUACGGUGAUAUAUAUUCCUUUAAUAACAUUGGUGUCUACCUUAAAUCAAGAUGAUAGGAAAAAACUUGAACGUUUGAUGGAUGAAAUUGAUGGUGCUGUUUUAUAUGAUUGGUUAAGCAUAUGUACACAUUUAACAGUAUCAAAAGCUAAAUUAACUGAAAAGGUUACUUGUGCUAUGGCUUAUGCAAUACCAAUAAUAACUAUGGAUUAUUGGGAUGCAGUUAAAAUUGCAAUAGACAAUGGUCAAGAUCUUCCAGAAAUUGAAAAUUUUGUUCCACCAAUUAGUGAAUCAUUAAUUAAUAAACAAAAAUUAUCUCUUUUUCCUAAUAUAAAGAGAACAAAAUUAUUUAAAGACUUAAUAUUCAUACAUUUCAGUACAAUUCAAUUUAAAAUAUAUAAAAAAAUUAUAAAGAUGGCAGGUGGCACAUCACAUUUAUAUUCAAAAAAAAAUUGGUCAGUGAAAGAACUUUGUGCGCCAAAUAUUGUUGUAUUACAAUAUUCUGAUAAUGAAUCAACACAAUUAACACAAAAUAUUUCAUCUGAAUAUGAUUUAAUAUAUAAUGCAUUACGAGCAGAUAAACGUAAAAUGGUAUCAGAAGCUGAAAUACCUUUAGCUAUAUUACACUGUUCUCUACAAAAAUAUUGCAAUCCAGCAUAUAAAUUUGGGAAGCUUUUAAAAAGAUUAAAACCAAAAUGUGAUUCAUCUAAAAUUCUAAAUCUAGAUACACAAGAUGUAGUAUCUAAUGUGAAAAUAUUACCAAAAAUAAUUUCUAAUGUUUCAAUAAACACAGAUUUAUCUAUUGAAAAAUCUAAACAUACAAUAAAAAUUAUUCCUGAUUCGUGUAAUGAUUUGAAAAGUCAAGAAUUAUUAAGUGUAGAUUUUAAUAAACAAUCUAUCAAAGAAGUAAAAUAUAAUAAAUCACAAUAUAUAAAAGAAACAAAUAAUACUUUUAAUGAUUCUAAUAUUCUAAUAAAAACAAAUUUGAAUAACCAAAAUCAUAUAACAAAAAUUAUUUCUGAAUCUGAAUCAUAUGAUAACUUGAAAAGUCAAGAAUUAAAUGUAGAUUUUAAUAAACAAUCUAUUAAAGAAGUAAAAUGUAAUGAAUCACAAUGCAUAAAAGAAAUAAAAAAUACUUCUGAUAAUAAAAUUUUUAUGAAAACAAUAGAUUUAAAUAUUCAAGAUCAUACAUGCAUAACAAGAAUUAUUUCUGAAUCAUCAGAAGAUAUUAAUAGUGAAGAAUCAUCAAGUGAGGAUUUUAAUAAUACAUCUGUAAGGGACUUAAAAUGUAAUGAACAAUGUAUAGAAGAAAUAAAAAAUAUUUUUAAUGACACUCCAAUAGAUAAAAAUAUAAAAAUAAUGCAAUCUAAACAAAAUAUAGUUAAUAUUCCUGAAACAAAUCGAAAUAUUUCCGAAUCAUCAUCUUUUUUAAAUAUAUUAUCAAAAAAUACACAACAGUUUAUGUAUAGUGAAAAUUUAGAGAUAAAAAAAAAUGAAAAUAUACAAAAAUUUGAAGAAUUCAAAGAUUCAAUAGUCAAUAAAAAAAUAAAAUUAAAUGAAGUAAAUUCUGAAAGAGAAAAUUUUUUAAGAAAUUCUGAAUUAAAAGAAAUUAAAUCAAAUAUAAAUAAUUGUCAAAAUUCUACUCAAACUCUUAUAGAUAAUAAAUCAGAUGAUAUAUUUGAAAUAAAUAAUUCAAAAGAUGAAAAUAUGGAAAUACAAGUUAUAAACUUGCCACGCAAAGAUCAUUUUCAUACAGAUAUAAAUGAUAAAAAUUGCAAAAUAAUACAAACAUUAGAAGAAAAUCGGAAAAGAUCUAAAAAAACAUGUAAAAUAUUUAAUAAAUAUGAUAUUGAUGAAGAAUUUAUUAUAUCUAUUAAAAAAAAAUCACGUAUAGAAAAUUCAAAUAUAGAAUUAAUUACAUUUAAUGAAAAAAAAAACAAUUCUAACACGUUAACAAAAUUUCAUUCAUCAUUUCUUCGAAAUCAUUUCCAUGGUAAAACAUUUAAAAAGGUUUAUAACUUAAUACCUAAGAAAAGAAUAACUUUAGAUGAUAUGUACGUAUGGAAUAAAUGUGAUAUUACAAAUAUUUAAUAAGAUAUUUCAAAA